GUUUAUAUAUUUAAAAAAUGGUUGUUAAAGUUGGUAUCAAUGGUUUUGGCCGUAUCGGUCGUAUUGUUCUCCGUAUCACCGAAGAGAAAGAUGAUGUUCAAGUUGUCGCCAUCAACGAUCCUUUCAUCCCCGUUGAUUACAUGGCAUAUAUGUUGAAGUUUGAUUCUGUCCAUGGUCGUUUCAAGGGUACCGUAGAAACAAAAGAUGGUAAGCUUAUCGUUAAUGGUCAUGCUAUCUCUGUCUCUACCGAACGGGAUCCUUCCAAUAUCCCUUGGGGUCAAGCUGGUGCCGAUUAUAUUGUCGAAUCCACUGGUGUCUUUAAGGAAAUCGAGCCUGCAUCUGCUCACAUUAAGGGUGGCGCUAAGAAGGUCAUUGUCACUGCUCCCUCCAAGGAUGCUCCCAUGUUUGUUUGUGGUGUGAAUCUCGAUUCUUACAAGUCAGAAUAUAAGAUUAUUUCUAAUGCUUCUUGUACUACAAACUGUCUUGCCCCUCUUGCCAAGGUUAUCCAUGACAAUUUUGGUAUUUCCGAAGGUCUCAUGACUACUGUCCAUGCUACUACUGCCACACAAAAGACCGUCGAUGGUCCUUCUCACAAAGAUUGGAGAGGUGGUCGUGGUGCUGGUGCCAAUAUUAUCCCAUCUUCUACUGGUGCCGCUAAGGCUGUUGGUAAGGUUAUUCCUUCUCUUAACGGUAAGCUUACCGGUAUGGCAUUCCGUGUCCCCACACCCGAUGUCUCUGUCGUUGACUUGACUGUUAACCUUGAAAAACCUGCCUCUUACGAUGAAAUCAAGGCUGUCAUCAAGAAGGCCUCUGAGACUACCAUGAAGGGUAUUCUUGGUUAUACUGAAGAGAGUGUUGUAUCUACAGAUUUCGUAGGUGAAUCAAUUUCUUCUGUCUUUGAUGCUUCCGCUGGUAUUCAACUCUCUCCCACUUUUGUCAAGCUUGUCGCUUGGUACGAUAACGAAUAUGGUUACUCCAACCGUGUUGUCGACCUCUUAACUUACGCUGCCAAGACCGAUGGUGCUCUCUAAACUGUAUAUAAUCCAAUUAUUUUGAUUCAUUUAAAUCUGUAAAUAUGUUAAUAAAUG